GUUCUGUGUGUACCACUCGGAUUAAGACAGGGGUGGGCUAUCCACAGCUAAGUGCUGUUAUUGAGUGUGCAGACUCAGCACAUGGCUUGAAAGGACAUAUCAUCUCUGAUGGAGGAUGCAGCUGCCCAGGAGAUGUCGCCAAAGCAUUUGGAGCCGGUGCUGAUUUUGUCAUGCUUGGAGGAAUGUUUGCAGGCCAUGACCAGUGUGCGGGAGAGAUUAUGGAAAAGAAUGGCAAGAAGGUGAAACUCUUCUAUGGAAUGAGCUCUGAUACAGCCAUGAAGAAGCAUGCAGGAGGAGUUGCUGAAUACAGGGCUUCGGAGGGCAAAACUGUGGAGGUACCGUACAGAGGGGACGUGGAACUCACCAUCCUGGACAUCCUCGGGGGGCUGCGCUCCACCUGCACCUAUGUGGGAGCUGCCAGACUCAAAGAACUGAGCAAGAGAACAACGUUUAUCCGGGUCACCCAGCAGCACAGCCAGGUCUUCUCUUAGCUCAGGGCUGGGGGGCUGGAGAGAGAGGGGUGGGGGGGAGCAGCAGGAAGGGCUGCUAUUUUGUUUUGCUUUCUCCUCCAUGUUGUGUCGGUGGCAAACUCUCUCCUCUCUCAGAAUGGCAGAGUCAUCCGAGGGGCUAUGGCAAGGAUUUGGAAGGGGAAGGUUCUGCUAUUAACAUGGUGCCAUUGGUUCAAAAUGCAAUAGCCUCAUCUGUUAUUAUUGUGCCUCUUUAAUAUUUUAGUCAACAAUUCUUCACCUGUUUUUUUCCCCCUCUGA